AUGUUUGUAACCAAGCCAAAGGAUGGACGUGGGGAAGGCACGGUGAAAAUGUCUUGUACAACUGAGAUCCAGGCAGUGUUUAUUCUUUCCUCCACUGUAAUCUUCUUCUGUGGAUUCCUCAUCUUAUUCAUAUCCAGGUUCAUCGCGAGGAAUUUUAAAAAAUGGAAAAAGAACAAGGGAAUUUUCCUGGAAUUUAAUUCAGGUAACAUGAGACAUAAACAUUCAAGAAGUCUCACCUUCCGGAGCCACUUUCAUAAUCGUAUAGAAAUGCUGCUCUCAGCACAGACCUUGGUCGGACGGGUAUUGGUGAUCCUUUUCUUUGUCCUAAGCAUCGGGUCUCUUAUAAUCUAUUUCAUCAACUCUUCUGACCCAGUAAGAAGCUGUUCUUCGUACCGAGACAAAACCAUCCCGAUUGAUUUGACCUUCAAUGUCUUCCUUAGUUUCUAUUUUGGGUUGAGAUUUCUGGCAGCAGAUGACAAGGUCAAGUUCUGGUUGGAGAUGAAUUCAAUUGUAGACAUCUUUACCAUCCCACCCACCUUUAUUUCUUAUUAUUUGAAGAGUAACUGGCUAGGUUUAAGGUUCUUACGAGCAUUGCGGCUGCUGGAACUCCCUCAGAUCUUACAAAUUCUGCGAGCCAUCAGCACCAGCGAUUCAGUGAAGUUUUGCAAGCUGUUAUCCAUUGUCCUGAGUACCUGGCUCACGGCUUCAGGAUUCAUUCACCUGGUGGAAAACUCCGGUGAUCCUUGGCUCAAAGGGAGAAAUUCACAGAACAUUUCCUACUUUGAGUCCAUUUACCUGGUCAUGGCAACAAUGUCGACUGUCGGUUUUGGAGAUGUGGUACCCAGGACAUCCCUAGGACGGAUUUUCAUCAUAGUGUUCACCCUCGGGAGUUUGGUACUGUUCGCCAACUACAUCCCCGAAAUGGUGGAACUUUUUGCCAACCAGAAGAAAUACACCAGUCCCUAUCGAGUGGUCAAAGGGAAGAAGUUCAUUGUGGUGUGUGGGAACAUCACUGUGGACAGUGUGACGGCUUUCCUGAGAAACUUUCUCCGCCACAAAUCAGGGGAGAUCAAUAUUGAGAUUGUUUUCCUGGGAGAGGUCCUUCCUUCGUUGGAAUUGGAAACCAUAUUUAAGUGCCACAUGGCCUAUACAACCUUUGUUUCUGGGUCUGCACUGAAGUGGGAGGAUCUGAGGCGAGUUGCGGUGGACUCUGCAGAAGCGUGCCUGAUCAUAGCCAACCCUCUGUGCAGUGAUUCACAUGCUGAAGACUCUUCAAACAUUAUGAGGGUGCUCUCUAUCAAGAACUAUUACCCUAACACCAGGGUCAUCAUACAGAUACUUCAGUCCCAUAACAAGGCCUUUCUGCCAAAGAUCCCCAGCUGGAACUGGAACACUGGCGACAACAUCAUCUGCUUUGCUGAACUAAAGCUUGGAUUCAUCGCCCAGGGCUGCUUGGUGCCAGGCUUGUGCACCUUCCUGACGUCUCUAUUUGUUGAGCAAAAUAAGAAGAUCUGUCCUCACGAGCCCUGGCAGAAGCUUUUCUGCAAAGGCCUGAAGAACAAAAUCCUGACGCAACGUCUCUCCAAUGACUUUGCUGGGAUGAGCUUUCCUGACGCUUGCCAGCUCUGCUUCACAAAGAUGCGCCUCAUGCUGAUCGCCAUCGAGUACAAGUCCACCUGUCACCAUUACUGCGGGCUGAUACUAAAUCCACCUGCUCAGGUUAAGCUCCGUAAGAACACACUAGGGUUCUUUAUCGCUGAAUCUGCAAAGGAUGUCAAAAGAGCCUUCUUUUACUGUGCCAUCUGCCACAGCGAUGUGCAGACACCCGAGCUAAUUGAAAAAUGUGACUGCAAAAGCAAGAUUCUACACGCGACAGGGACAACGGUCAUGGUGAUGAGAGACAGCCAGGAGGAAUACUGUGGACCCCGGGACUCCUACUCAGAAACACAUAUGAGCUUCUGUAGCAACUUGAGCGUUACCACCAAGGCGUUUUUCUACGAAAUGGAAGACGAGUCUGAACGCCUUGAUAGCAGCGGCAUGUUUCACUGGUGCAGAGCCACUCCUUUGAACAAGAUGAUUCUGAAACGAACUGACAAGGCAAAAUACGAGUUUCGGAACCACAUUGUAGCAUGUAUCUUUGGAGAUGCCCACUCAACACUGAUGGGACUUCGGAAUUUUGUGAUGCCAUUGAGAGCUAGCAGUUAUACCCGUCAGGAGCUGAAGGACAUUGUGUUCGUUGGAUCUCUGGAUUACCUGCAGAGAGAAUGGCGAUUUAUCCGGAAUUUUCCCCAGAUAUACAUUCUGCCUGGAUCUGCGCUCUAUUCCGUAGACCUCCACGCUGUCAACAUCGAGGAGUGUUCCAUGUGUGCUGUCUUAUCGUCCUCCUGUAAGUCACCCAGCAGCCCGACUCUGGUGGACACAGAGCCCAUCAUGGCCACGCUCAACAUCGGAUCCCUGCGAAUUAGCUGCUCGGCCCAGACACCCUCAGGGCCACAGUUUGCCAGGGGCUUCAGUAGCAGUCCCAGGAAAUCAAAGUACCGAAGGAUCCCCAUUCUCACCGAACUGAAAAAUCCUUCCAACAUCCACUUUAUUGAACAGCUCAGUGGGAUGGAAGGGAACUUCCCCGGAACGAACCUGCAUCUGAGCACUUCCUUCGCCACAGGCACCGUCUUUUCUGGCAGCUUCUUGGAUUCCCUCCUGGCCACAGCUUUCUACAACUACCAUGUUGUAGAAUUACUUCAGAUGCUAGUGACAGGAGGAAUGAAUUUUCAGCUGGAACAACAUCUGGAUAAAGAAAAGUUAUUUGGGCUGAAUAUCGGCUGUUCUACAAUGUUACAUGGAAAGAUGCGGUGUAAGCUGGGGCUGCUCUCCUUAAACCAGACUAUCCUGUCAGCCAUUCAACCAAGAAAGACUUUUGGACAAAUAUUCUGCGGCUCAUUAAAUAAUCUUGGAGUCCUGUGCCUCGGCUUAUACCGCAUGAUAGACAAAGAAGAGCACAAUCCAGAGCACAAAAGGGAAGUAUGCUGGUUUGUGAUUACCCGGCCAGAAAAUGAGUUUACGCUGCUGCCCUCAGAUCUUGUGUUCUGUGCCAUCCCUUUCAGCACCUCUUGUUACCAAAAGGAUAGUUCAUCUUCAUCUGCGUGUGAAAUUAUAAAUAUAAUGCCACUGAAAGAAAAUACGGUCACAGACGUAAAUCCUGACCAAACACCUCUGGUUGACCAGGCCAGGGAGAGUGUAUCACAACUGCCCUAUAGGCCAGUCCCUUUGUUGGAGCCAAAACCAAUCCCUGCUACUGAUUCUAAGCAAGCAGUAUUGACUCUGGGCAGUAAACACUCAUCUCAUCACCAUUGCACAUACCCAGGUGAAACUGUGGAAGAAAAUGGAAAAGAAAGCAUGGAGGAAACCACAGUGGAAGAUGCCUAUACCUUUCACAAUUAGACCAGACUUGUGGUUAUUCCCCAGGGGCACCUGGCUCUCUCUUUACACAGCAUCUCCAGAGAUGGUGACUUUGAACACGGAUGAUAACCAUCGAAGUCUGCCAUUGUGCACCAAUUGCCCAGUGGAGGGUAGACCAGCAAGCCCACACUGUUUAGGAAGA